AGCUCAACCGACUCACAGUGCAGUGGGCACAGCAAUCUCUCUCUCUCUCUCUGUGUGUUACUCCCCCGCCUCUCAUCACACACACACAUAACGCAUACCAAACUCUCUCCCCGUCCAAACAUGUUUUAUCCUGGAGCCCUGAAGGAGCAGCCAACCAGGACAGAAGGGCGCAAAAUAAAAGCGAAUUAAGCUUGACAAUCAGCACUUUGAGGGCGGCCGUGACAUGUACACCCAAUACCGUACACUACAGUCGUAAAGCAAAAACCUCUGGUAUUUUCUACAGGCGACAAUAAUACCCGUUCUACUAUAUCUCUCGAUGGCUUGAUUCUACAGGCGACAAUAAUACCCGUUCUACUAUAUCUCUCGAUGGCUUGAUUAUUUUGAAGCCUAUCCUCGGUGAUUUUCGGUCAAGGCACGGCCAGGGCUCAAGCCUUCGAGAUGCACGGUGGCUGCUGCUGCCGCCAACCACUGCACCACAACACGGACACCGCCACGGGCCCAGUUCUAUCAUGGUUUUCAAACGGAGAGCGAGGAGGAUGCGUCUUGGGCUGGGGUGCUAUCGGGUGGGGCCCACGUGGCUCUGGAAGGCCCUGCUGGUGUUCGUGGCCAUUGCAUUCGCAGGACAGCUCCUGGGAGUCAUCUACAACAAAAGCCUCCAGCAGGACAGGUCGUGGUGGUUGUUCUCAUCCGAUGGCCAGGGCCCGUCUCUGGGCUUCUGUCGGCCCCGCAGCCACGUCAUGUUCCUGAAAACCCACAAGACAGCCAGCAGCACCGUCCUCAACAUUCUCUACCGAUACGGAGAGGAGAAGGACCUGCGCUUCGCCCUGCCUCUGGGGUAUCAGUUCGGCUACCCCCUCCCUUUCAACGCCCACAGGGUCAAAGGUUACAGAGGGCCCCGUGUGGCAGAAUUCAGCAUCAUGGGAAACCACAUGCGCUUCAACAAACCAGAGGUAGAGAAGGUGAUGCCAGCCGACACCUUCUAUUUCUCCAUCCUUCGUGACCCUGUAGCGCUCACUGAGUCGUCCUACGCCUACUACAAAGCCGUUGCCCCCGCCUUCAGGAAAGCCAAAGGCCUGGGAGACUUCGCCGACAACCCCCAGAAGUACUACGACCCCCGUCUCCGUAACAACCACUACGCUCGCAACCUGCUGUGGUUCGACUUCGGCCUGGACCACAACGCCAACUUCUCCACCACACUGACGCAACGAGGUGAAGUGGCCAUUCGACGUGCCUUCAAACUCAUCCUGGUCUCGGAGCACUUCGACGAAUCCAUGGUACUGCUCCGCCACGCCCUCUGUUGGCCUCUGGACACUGUCGUCUCCUUUAGCCUGAACGCCCGGCAGCAAAAGUCCAAUGGAGGCAGCUCCUGGGUGGAUAAAGCGGCCGCUGCUCAGCCCCCCGCCAUGGCUCUCACAGACAACCAACGGCAGAAGCUCCGGGAGUGGAACGCCCUGGACUGGCACCUUUAUCAGGCAUUCAACCGCUCCUUCUGGGAUGAAGUGGAUCGCUUUGGGAGAGCCAGAAUGGACCAAGAGGUCGUUCUACUCCGGACCCGCCGGGAGUUGCUGGCUAAAGCUUGCCUGAGGGAAGGCGGGAGGCCGGUAGAGGCAAGCCGCAUCCGGGACAAGAACAUCAGGCCCUUCCAGAGCGGUUUGGUGAAGAUCCUAGGAUAUGAGCUCCAGCCUGGGCUGGACAACGCUACCCGUCAGGCCUGUCUGAGGAUGAUCAGGCCGGAGAUCCAGUAUAAAGACCUGCUGGAUGCCAGGCAGUUCCCCAGGGCAGCUCCCCAGCCUGCCCAGGCUCCGCCCCCAGCUAUCCCUGCUGGGGGAGCCUACAUGAGGAAAGGCCCCUCCUCCCAACUCAGGAAAGGAGAGCUGGGAGUGGAGGGGGGAGGGAGGAUGGGGGAGGAGGAGAGGGACUGGGACGGGAGUCGGUUAUCGCGUAGUAAUAAUAAUAAUAAUAAUAAUAAUAAUAACCAAACAUUGGUGCGAGAUAGAGGUGGAAGAGAGGGGAAAAGGAACAUAAGAUAGUUUUCCAUCCAGAAUUAAUUCCAGGUGGGGAGUGGAUAAGACUAAACCCUGACUGAGCCUGUGUACUCGUACUCAAGCACUUGUUGAGUAUUUCUAUUACUCAAGUACUCCAAACGACCCAUUCUCCCUCCAACCCUGCUGUACCUCCACUUUAUUGUACAUUCCUGUUUUUUUGGCACAUCUUAUGACUCCUUUAUGAACGGUUAUGACUCCCUUAUGUUCAUAUUGACUUUGUAAGCGUGCGAAUUAUGGGGAAGCUAAGCUUCCCUGAAUGACACAUGAGCUCCUCUAAAGAUAACAAAAGUCCAAAAAUGUUUUUUUUUUCUGGGAGGGGUAUUGAUAAUUUGACAUAGACACGCACCGACAGCAAGACGCAUCAAUCUUACCGCUCAGUAUGUGUUGCCCAUAUAUCUGAUACUGUCGGGACCAAACAAGUAUGACAGGGGCGGCGUUUCGCACGCUCCGAUCCGUUCUCUGGUGAGAUACAAGUAACUGCCAAAAUAAAGGAAACCCCAACAUCAAGUGUCUUAAUAGGGCGUUGGCUCACAACAGCUUCAAUGCUCAUGCCGCUGUGGCAUAGAUUCUGGAACUCUGUGUCUGGAACUCUAUUGGAGUGAUGUGACACCAUUCUUCCAUGACAAAUUCCAUAAUUUGGUGUUUUGUUGAUGGCGGUGGAAAAUGCUGUCUCAGGCACCACUCCAGAAUCUCCCAUAAGUGUUCAAUUGGGUUGAGAUCUGGUGACACACACACACCCUUUAAACCCCUUAUGCUCAUUUGAGACCCUUCUUUCAAAGUCACUGAGAUCUCUUCUAGUCAUGGUAGCCAAAAUAAUGGGCAACUGGGCAUUUUUGUACAUGACACUAAGCAUGAUGGGAUGUUAAUUUCUUAAUUAACUCAGGAACCACACCUGUGUGGAACCACCUGCUUACAAUAUACUUUGUAUCCCUCAUUUACUCAAGUGUUUCCUUUAUUUUGGCAGUUACAUAUAGAUUCAUUCUGCCAAUUGAAGGAAAAUGACUUGACUUAUUUUUGUAUAUUAAAAAAAUAUAUAUUGUUCACAUUUAUGGGGAAACAUGGCUUCCCUUGGCAUCCAAGAAUACACCCACUGUAGAAGGCCUAAUGACAAUCACCAAAUGUCAUUACACUGAUGGUGUCUAUAGCAGAUGUCUCUUUCUAUUCAUUAAAUGGCGCGUGCACUGUUUGGAUGCUGUAAUUAUUUUGGAGUGGAGGAACGUGCGCAGCCACAGGUAGCCGACUUUUUGAAGUGAUAUGUUUUACAAUCAGAUGACUACUUCAUGACUGGUUGUGCUCAUGCCACAUUAAAAUGUAAUACAUUUUUACAGUUAAAUUAUAAUAAUAUCUUUACUAUUAGGCCAAUAAAAAACUGUUUCCUAGUAGACGCUCCCCUGAAUGUCACAGUAUAGUUCGCUCUCCGGACUUUAUGAACACUGUGGACGUGAAAUGGAAUUGCAUCGCAUUCAGUGGGCCAACUGUCAUUCAAAAAGUUUACUUCUCUGCUUGAGAUUCGGAGGUCCAACUUCUCUUGCACGAUCAAAAUGUCAGCUUUUUUUGUUUGUUUUUAGAAAAAAAGCUUGGCUGUUACCUUUUUCUUGAAUGCUAAUGUUAAAACAGCAAACAGGCAGCCAGCCAUAGCUACUGUAAAUGCUGGGGUAGGGAUGAUGUGAGUUGCAUGUUCUGACUGAGGAAUGGAAUUCCUCCCUCUGAACGCAGUGUGCCUGGCGUUGGAAACGUAGUUCACAUGAAGCAGUGGAGGCUGGUGUGUGGAGGACAGCUCAUAAUGGCUGGAAUGCAAUAAUCACAUGGUUUCCAUGUGUUUGAUAGCAUUCUAUUCAUGCCAUUCCAAUGCGCCUGUCCUAUAAUUUAAAGUGACACUAGCCUCCACUGAUACAAAGCCAGCAGUGAAUCUCACAAUAGGCCUUACUGUGAUGUCUUCUAGAGAGAUAGAUGGAGAACAUCUUAAAGGCCCAGUGCAGCUGUUUUUAUAUCAAUGUCAAAUAAUUUCUGUCUACCAAUUAAGUAAUAGACUUCUAUUAAAAAGGGCAAAAAUAGUUUCUUUAUGAAAAAUUCACAAGCUAGAAUUUAGCUUGGACUGUCGGGGAUUAUAGAGGAUUUUUAUCUAUUAAACAAUUUAGCGCAUGGUGAUGUCACCAUGGAAAGCCGUAACUCCCUCCUAUACAAGCCUGCUGAUUAGAAGGGCCUGUGUAGAUAUUUUUAUUUUUCGACCAGCAACUUUCAGGAAAUAACACUGAUAAUAAAAAAUGUAAACUUCUACAGUGUUAGUUUCAUCAGCGGUAUCAAUUACAUAACAGAAUGUUGACUGCACUGGGCCUUUAAUGUUAACACAUGGUACUUUGAUAGAGACCGACAUGUACUGUAUCUGAACUGAAGCACUGUGUUUGGAUGGAUAGCAAGUCUGACUAUUCACUUUUUUUAGUGUGGCUUUUCAUACACUGUACAUACCGUAUGUAAUAUAGUAUACACAGUAUUUCCCUGGCUCAAUGGUGAGUUUCAAUGCGAGCUAGGAUUCCACCCCCACAUAGAUAUUCACAUGUGAAGCCUGAGUACAUCUCAUGCAUACCUUACAUACAAGAACACCUAUGUACGUCAUAUCUUACAUAGUACAUACAUUUUAACACACACACACUGUACUCUGUCAUGCUUGACAGCGUAAAUGAAUCAUGGAAGCUCAUUAAAAUGCAUUCUCACACGUCAGCCAGCCAGCACAAUUGGUGUCAGGUGACCAUGGGGUGCAUAUAUAAAGGUACGCCAUCUGGUGGUGUGGAGGUGUAAAUGCUAUAAUCCUGGUCCCAGAUCUAGGUGUGCUGUAUUAACCAACUCUUAGACCAGGCUAUAGCAAUGCCACUGAGUACCAGGAUGACGAUCUUACUAGUGUAAUUCCACACAUGUAUUAAUGUCUUUGGUGGAACGAGCUGGGAUUUUUGGAGAGAAUCUGUGACCAAGUCAGUUCAUUUUUAUUAAGCAAUCUAGAUUACAUAAUUUCUGGUGUGUCACAGCAUCUUUGAACAGAACAGAAUUUACCUAAAGCUUCUUUAACAACAGGGGGACACACAGCUAUCAUUUCCCUUUCCAUUCACCACUCCAGGUGCAGUGUAAUCUAUUUCAAGUUUUAUUUUUUAAAAUCAUUUUGGCACAUUUUUCAGAUGUAAGUGGUAUAUUUUCUAAACUCUAUGUACAAAACUCUAAACUGAUAACACGUGUAAUGCCUCCUGUCUUAUGUUCAGAACCUUUGAUUGGGCAUUCAUUGAGGUUGCACACGUCUUUCACCCCUGAGUCAUUCAUGCCAAAUCAAAGUUUUCCAUAAAAUACAACAUUUAGUUAAGUCACCAAUACAUCAGGUAAUGAUAGGCUCACCAUUUAGUCAUUUUAACUAACAUUAAAUCCAAUAGCAAAGAAUACAAGAUACACAUUGUAAAAACUGUUAUUUUUGAAGUGCUGUUAGAAAGAAUUAGUAGUCAAAUCUAAUUUUCCAUACAGAAUUUGACUAUAACUUGACAUGCACAAUUUUAGUUUCAUUAUCCUUAUACAGUACUACAGUAGACACAGUACACACAGUACUACAGUACACACAGUACUGUGGUCAAAUAAUCAGAUAUAGUGGUAUUGUAAACCAGUCAGCUAUGGUAAAAACUUACCACGGUGUUGAAUGCCAUUUCUGCCCCAUGGAAAAAUGUACAAUAUCACCUUUUUUACGUGACUUUUCAACUGAUACAGUAUCACCUGUCUCUCUGCUUGAAAUUCAUCAGCUUAAUGUAUCAAUGUAUACGGUAUAAUCCCAGGUAUUUCAGCAGUGCAUUGUACACUACGCUAUAAUGGGAGUCUUUGUCCUAUUGAAGCACACUGGCUGAUGGAGAAUGAUGAUGUAGUAUUUACAGCCACAUCCAUACAUGAUUUGAAAUUGACAGUGUUCAGCAGUUAUCAAGCUAUACGCGUUAGCUAGGCACUACAUCAUGUUGGUUCAGUAGUGAGCAGUUUGAUUAACUAAUAGUUAAUUGUAUUGUUUGCAAUUGACAAAAUCAUAUCAAAAGUAAAGUGAAUAUUGUGUUUUGAAAAGCAGAUACUUAUAUUGAAUAUGCAUCCGAAUUGAAAGAGUGAUUCGCUGGAGUGAACAAGACACUGAAUUUGUUUGGUGCUCAGUCAAUGGAAAAUGUGCUUAGAGUUUUGAAAUAUGAGCCAUUUUGAUGUUCUGUUUAGAUUUCUGUGCUUAGAGUUGUGAAAAUAUACCACACUUGUGAAAAUUGCACCAAAGGGAUUGAAAAAAAACUUGAAUGACUUGGUAUUAGCAUUGUGAAAGUGGCGUCUGUUAGUGUGUGACAAACAGUCAAGGAAUUCAUUGUCCAUAAAACCUAGAACAUUUAUUACAGAAUCACAUUGACACACUAGCCUACUGCAGUUUUACAACUGUUAAAUUCACCUUUUAAGGAAAAGCUGUUACGCCGUUCUGUUAUGAGGUGUGACGUUUUAUCAUUUUAUUUCAUCUCAGUACACUACACUCCGUUGGGUAACUGCCUUUUUUUGAGUUCAGGCAGUUUACUCAACAGCAAUACAGUUGAUUCAUCCACAACUGAAAUAUCUUUUUACAUUUAUUUCAACGGUUAGACUUAACUAAAAAUUGAAUUUGUUGGUUACAUCAGCUGGUAACAUCAACUGCUAUGUCUUUCAUUGUGUCUAUGUUAUGAACCAUGGUUAUGGUGGGCUUCUCAACUAAAAGCCCAUUUCACUGUCUCUAUGUUUGUAGUUUUUGAUCGUCUUGACUAAGACUUGACUAAGAGAAAAAGAACAUGUUGAAUGACAAAGAUAAACGCUAAUAAAACAGUUUUUUUCCCCCUUAAACUGUACAUUUUGGGAACAGGGCUUUAAAAAUGACUGUUUCUGUGUUUAUCAUUACUUUUUAAAAUAUCUUAUAUAUUGUAUGUAUUAUUUUAAGGUACAUUUGACUUGAGUGCACUGUUUUUGUUUAUUUUAUUUUUACGUUUAAGAGCUAAUGGAAACAUACACACAUUGAUACACAAUUUAAUUAUGUUGAUUAUCCCAUUUCUUUGAGACAUAAUUAUUAUAAUAUUAACAAUAUACGAAAACACACAUUGUACAGUACGUGACCCCAGUACAUUUAUGAAUUAUUAAUUAAUUAAAGCAAUGGCAAGAAUACAACCACACACACACACACAAACCAGUGACUGAUAUAGGCAAAUGUAUCUACUGACAAUACUGUAAGAAAUUGUCAUUUUGUUCCUCCAAACUUGUUAAUUUUUAAAGUGAUGGGAUUCACACUUCUUGAAAGCAGCCUGUAAGGCAACUCUACCCCCAAGACUGAUGUUUAACCAGAGGUUGAGAGUCUCACAGGCUACUUUCAAGGCAUCUUUGUGCAGAUUGCUAUGCCCGUAACAGAAAAACCACAUGAUUUCCCAUGUGGAACAUUUCACGUGUCUUCACAUGUUGUCACGUGUUCUCACAUUAACGGCUCAUACGAUCACACAAAUUCAUGUGGUUUUGGAACACUAUAUGUGAAAUUCAUGGGUGGUACUGUGAUAAUGCUACUUUUCUGUUGACCUCUCUACUAUUGACUUGAUACACUAUUCUCACAUGAUGGGAACCAUGUUACAUAUUGUAUGUCUGUGAGAAUGUAUGGUACUGUACACUAUUGAAAUAAAGGGUUCUUGUCUAUGUA